CUGUAUCAUGCAAAUUGCAAACUAUUACUUUGUUUCUCCCCCACAAAAAGUCAGAAUAGAAGGCUUGAUUGCUUCCUUGACUCCUUCCUCUUCUGGUUCAUCUCUUUCUGCAAUCUGUUUUUAUCCCACAAUAUCUUCUCUUUCCCACACAAAGUAUCAAUGGCAGAUAUCUUUUUGUCUGCUUCAGUUACCGUGCUCUUUGAUAGGCUGGCCUCGGCUGAUCUGUUGAGUUUGGCCAAACAAGUCCGAAUACAAGACGAACUCAAGCGGUGGAAGGAUACCCUUUCAAGAAUUCAGGUUGUUCUUGCUGAUGCAGAGGAGAAGCAGUUUACCAAUAGAUCAGUGAGGCUGUGGCUGCUUGAUCUGCAACAUUUUAGUUAUGAUUUGGAUGAUACACUUGACAUCUUGGAAACUGAAUUAUUGCAACGUUCAGUGUCCGGAUCAAACAAUAGUUUCAGCCUCAUGAAUGUAUUGUUUGAUCAUUAUGCAGGGUCCAAUAUAAGUAACAUCUCUACCAGAUUGGAUAACAUUAUCAAACAAAAAGAUGGUCUUGAUUUGAAGGAGAAUGUGGGAUUCACACCAAUAUCUGCCACAUUCAGAAGAUGGCCUUCAACUUCAUUGGUUGAAUCCCAUGUUUAUGGUAGAGAGAAAGAUAAGGAGAUGAUCAUCGACAUGUUAAUGAAGGAUGACGGAACUGACUCAGACAAAUUUGUGGUUCCUAUAGUUGGUAUGGGAGGGCUUGGUAAGACUACACUGGCUCAACUUGUAUAUAAUGAUGAAGAAGUGGAUAGAAACUUUGAACUUAAAGCUUGGGCAUGUGUGUCUGAUAAUCUUGAUAUUCCUGGAGUCACCAGGGCAAUACUCGAGUCACUUGCUUCACAGUCUUGUAACUUGAAUGAUCUGAAUACGCUUCAAGUAACCCUCAGACAGAAGCUGUCAGGAAAAAAGUUUCUACUUGUGUUGGACGACAUCUGGAGCCAAAAUUAUGAAGAAUGGGAUCUCUUGCGCCGUCCUUUCUUAGCGGGGGCUCCAGGAAGCAAGAUUAUUGUCACAACCCGCAUUUCAGACGUUGCAAAGAUGUUAAGUCAUAAUGGUGCACACCAUCUGAAUCAAUUGGAGCCCAGCCACUGCUUAUCCUUACUUGCGCGGCAUGCUCUUGGAAAGGACAAUUUCGUGGAACAUCCGGAUCUUAAGGAAAUUGGUGAGAACAUACUUAAAAAGUGUAAAGGACUGCCUCUGGCCAUAAAAAUGCUCGGGGGCCUCCUGCGCACUAAACAGUUUCCAAAUCAAUGGGGGGAUAUACUAAAAAGCAAGAUUCUGGACUUACCGGAACAAUCAGGUGGCAUUCUUCCAGCUCUACGCUUAAGCUACCGUCAUCUACUUCCUCAUCUAAAGCAGUGUUUUGCUUUUUGCUCAAUUUAUCCCAAGGACUAUGAGUUUGACAAGGAGAAGUUGAUUAAGCUAUGGAUGGCUGAAGGUUUAUUGCCCCAAUCAAGUACAACAAAGCAGAGUGAAGACUUUGGUUGUGAAUACUUUGAUGAAUUGUUAUCAAGGUCAUUCUUCCAACAAUCAGCUACAUGUAAAUCCAAAUAUGUGAUGCAUGAUCUCAUAAAUGAUCUGGCUGUAUAUGUUUCUGGGGAAAGAUGUUUCAGGUUAGAGGAUAACUGGAACAAUACUGAUGAUCCUCGAAGGGUUCGCCACUCAUCAUACAUUACUCAAAGGUUCAACAACUUCGAAAAGUUUGAAAUUUUGCAUAAAUUCAAAUCAUUGAGAACGUUUAUACGUUUAGACAUACACUAUGGGUAUACUACCCAUUUGUCUAACAAAGUUUUGAAGAACUUACUGCCCAAGUUGAAGUUCUUGAGGUUGCUAUCUUUGAAUGGUAACAAUAUAAUGGCUCUUCCAGCUUCCAUUGGAGAUCUAAAGCACUUGCGCUACAUAGAUCUGUCUUAUACAUCAAUUAGAACGUUGCCUGAUUCUGUGACUGCUCUCUACAAUUUGCAAACACUUUUAGUACAUGGUUGUAGAAAUCUCUGUAAGUUUCCUGUAGGCUUUGAAAACUUAAUCAGCCUUCGGCACCUUGAUAAUGCUGAUACUGGAGAAUUACUGGAGAUGCCCUGUGGAAUUGGCAAACUUACGAAUCUGCAGACACUGUCAAAGUUUGUGGUUGCGAAAGGAGGUGGGCUAAGAUUAAGAGAAUUAAGAGACCUGAAGUUUUUGCGAGGGAAGCUUUGCAUUACAGGAUUACACAAUGUGACUGGUGCUGGAGAUGCAAAGGAAGCCAGAUUGGGGGAUAAGCAAGAUCUGGAUGAGCUCAUUCUGGAAUGGGGUACAAACUUGAAUAAGUCCAGCUGCAGGAAUCUUGAUAUUGAUGUACUUGGGGAUCUUGAACCUCAGAAAAACCUGGCGAAGCUCGCAAUUUAUUACUUUUCAGGCAUAAGACUACCGGACUGGAUUGCUGAUCCAUCAUUCACGAAAUUACAGGAGAUUAAUCUUAUUGGCUGUUGGAGAUGUGCAUCUUUGCCCCCACUGGGCCAGCUACACAUGCUUAAAGUCUUGAGCAUUCGGGAAAUGCCUGAAUUAAGAAGUCUUGGUGUUGGUUCUUCAGGACUUGAUUUUUCAUCACUUGAGAAAUUGACGUUUGAUAGCAUGCCAGAAUGGAACGAAUGGUUUUAUUUUGACAGGAAUGGCGAGAAAGUUAGCCCCCAAUUUCCAAGCCUUCGCGAGCUCACUCUUCAAAAAUGUCCCAAGUUAAUCAACAUUCCGAAGUUGCCACUUCCCUCUCUUUGCUUAUUAAAGCUUGAAGAUUGUCCUGUAAAUAUACUCAAAAGUCUUGCUAAUUUCACUUCACUGACUACAUUGACUAUCAUUAGCAUGAAAGAGCUGCCUUGUCUCUCUAAAGAAUAUAUGCAGUUCUGUGGAGCACUUACAUAUCUAGAGAUAAACAAUUGUAGUGAACUGGUGACAGUGUGGGGUACAGGGGUUGCCUUCGCUGAGCUUUCCUGCCUAAAAGAAAUGAAGGUUGUAAGUUGUCGAAGGCUCAUAUCAUUUUCUGAAACAAGGCAAGCUUUUCCGCGCAAUCUUAGAAGUCUGAGUAUACUCCAAUGUGAUCAUUUAAAGGAUUUCCCAGAUAUGCCGUCUCUCAUAAAAUUGUCAAUUGAGAAGUGCCAGAGUUUACACUCCUUUGCUGCGGUGACAUUGCCCAUGCUUCAACAACUAGAUAUAAAGGAUUGCGCGGCUUUGGUGUCUAUGCCUGAUUAUGAGCCUGGCAUAUCUUGCCUUCAAGAGUUGAAUGUUUCAAAAUGUGGUUCCUUGCGAUGGUGGCCAAUGGACAAGUCACCUACCGCCUUAGAAAAGCUUUCUAUAAGCAAAAACUGCAGAAACCUAGAGAUAGGGAUAGUGCUGCAGUGGAUGACUACUAGAAUGCCGUCGCUCUUGGAACUUGACAUACGUAAUAGUGGGGAAGUCCUGGUGAAAAUAGUUAAUUCUGAGCAGCACAGGCUUGCAAGCCUAGUUAAAUUGGUUAUCAGUAAAUGCAAAACUUUUGAAUCUUUCCGAGCAAAAGGCUGGCCUCCCAUUCCUCAUCUGAAAUCUCUAUCCAUUGGUUCGUGUAAAAAUCUCAGAUAUAUUCCAUUAGAUCAAAUCCAGAGCCUUGAAUCUCUCGACAUAUGUUAUUGUCCAAAACUGGAGUCCUUUCCGGAUGGUGAUCUACCUCGAAAGCUAACCAAACUUACCAUGCGAGGGUGUGGAGAAUUAUUAAAGCCACUUUCAGAAUGGAGCCUCCACAAGCUACCCUCUCUCGAAAGCUUCUCCAUCUCUGGUGGAUUUUCCAGGUUGGUUUCAAUAUCAGACGAUAAGAGUGAUGCAUGGCUUCCUCAAUCCCUUAAACAACUUAGUAUAGGGGAGUUUGAGAGUCUGGAAAGCCUGGGCAAGGGUCUCGAAAAUGUGAGGUCUCUAGAACAUUUACUUGUUUGGGAUUGUCCUAAGCUGCGGUGUUUGCCUGGAGGAAAUGUGGUGAGCUCCCUAUUGUCUUUGGAAAUCCGAGACUGUCCUAUUCUGGAAAACAAAUGCUUACCCGAGAAUAAAGGAUCCUAUUGGCCCAUUAUUUCUGACAUUCCGAGGGUGAAGCUAUCUCAUCGAUACAUCCACGAUGAAGAAUAGCUGUAACAUAAUACAUAAUACCUUGUUAGGUACUCACUCAUCCUUGUGUUCUAAGCUCAUUAAAAUUG